AUGCUGUUAAGACCUUUACUUAUAAAUUCACGACCUCAUCUCUAUACCUGUAUGACCCAAAUUAGACACGCAAAGCCAACUAUACAAGUCGGGAAGGACAAAUUCCAACUAUUUUUAGACGUCAGUCAAUUCACAAAGGACGAGAUACGUGUUAAGGCUCGCCCAGAAUAUGUUAUCAUUGAAGGGAAACAAGAAAGAAAGACCAAGGAUGGAUAUAUCAUCCGAAAGUUUUUCAGAAAGUUCAAACUGCCUGAUGGCGUUGAUCCUCAGUCUAUGAAAUCAGAACUCUCUUCUGAAGGUUGUUUAAUUAUUACGGCACCCAGGCAAGCCUGUGAAGUCACAUAUCCGUGUGAAACGGUGAUUCCUAUAACUCGUACAGAAGCUAAACCUCCACCCGAACCCUUCCUUAAAAAUGUAAAUAUUGAAAAAUCCAAAGCACCACAAAAGGAACCCCCAAAAGAUCAACCCACUAUUAAAAAAUGA